UGCUCAGGGAACAAGCAAGAGGCACUGCAGCCUUUGAGAUAAAACAAUAAAAUAUGUAAGAUGACACAAGGUUUUGUUAGAGGCAAACCCCCACACCUCACCAAACGCAGAUUUUGGUGACUCCAAGCCCUGGCACUGGAACUCUGGAAAUGCUGUUGCCAAAAGCCCCCGGGGGAAGGGGAGUGUUUGGCUGCUCCGAGCACCACGGCGCUGUCGGAUCAUAACCGGUGCUGACCACACCUAGAGCUCAGUCCUCGUGUGGGCUGCACACACACACACAGACACACACACACUCUGCUCCUGGAUCACAGCAGGAUCAGUCUCAGCACAGACCCCUGCAAGAGGAACACUGCGGAGCAGAACUAGGGAGAAACACGAACUUGCCGAAGCAGAGCCCGUCAUCUGCCUGGGCCAGGGAGGAGCCGGGAGAGCCAUGCCGGACUCCUUUGCCAUCCACUUCCUCAAGGUGCUGCGGGAGCUGCUGGCCUUCGUGCUGUUCAGCUACACCGUGCUGCUCGGGGCGCUGCUGCUGGCCGGCUGGACCACCUACUUCCUGGUGCUCAAAUGAGGGCUCUGCCCCCGCUCCUGCCCCCUGGGCCCUUCCAGAGGCACGCGGCUGCACGGCACAGCUCUGCACAGGGGAUGGAGGCCCCUUCCCCCUGCGCCGACCCCGCACGGGCUCCGCGCUCUUGCUGCCUCACCGCAGUCUCACUCUCCUGUGCAAAAACAAUAAAGGUUAAAAGAGAAAAGGUACCCCCGUGCAUGCACUUUACAGGUCCUCGUGGCUCUCGCAGAUUCUUUGUGCCUCCCGGACUCUGAACUAUUUGAAAGCCUCGCAGCAGUUUUCUCCUGAGAUUCCCACCCCGCCGAGCGCGGCACAGGGGAUGGCAGGGAUGCAACAGCACUCCAGCAUCUCAACAAACAAGUCCUGCCUUGUCCUGCUCUGCCUCAUUAAGGGUGUGAAGGCAGACACACUGAAAUUACUUGUAAUUUGUUUUAGAAGUCCUGGGAAAAGACAUUAAAAUCAGCACAAGGUUCCCCUCUCCCCAGGGUUUUGUCAGGUACAGGGUUGUUACCUGGCGCUCUCAGGUGUGCCAGGCUCUGGAACAAAUGUUUGAAGCAUGGAGUUAGAUGGAAAAUGUGUGAUACAGCAGUGCCUCAGUAAAGUACCCUGCACUGACCAAGUCUCAGAAACAGGAGAGAGAACAGGAAUAAUAAAAAGAAUAGAUUUAAUUGAUCAAGGUCAUUGUGUGUGGAAUAGCACAGGAAACCUUUGGUGGAGAAGGUGGAGAUUAGGACUAGCAUGGAACUACCCAAAAUCAAAGCAGCACCGUGUACUUUAGAACAAUAAAGGUGAA